UGUAUGCCUCUCAAAGAAAAACGCAAACACAUAUACGAGUAUAUAAUUAAUAAACUUACACAUAUAUAUAUAGGACAAAAUAUGGCUAGUAACGUGUUUGGCAAACCGGUGAGAGGGGGAAGUAGGUCAGAUAGGGCCUACAAGGCCUUGGAGAACACAAACUUAGACGGAAAGCGUGAUCAGGCACUUCAAUACGUCAGGAGUGAACAACAGAAGUUUGAGGCGCAGGGUGGACAACUUUGCACACUGGCCAUCUUUUACAAUGCUACUGGUGAGACCUUGUGUUAUGUUGAAGACGACUCCAAGUAUGGGAAGAUCUAUGAUUCGUAUCCGAAUAGAGUUGAGAAUGGCCAGUGGGGUGCGUUCCUGCAUUCAAAAAAGGCUUCCGCGCUAACCGGCUCGGAAGGAUUCGUUGUGUAUAGUGGUAAGUUCAAUGAUGCAGAUUCCUGCAAGCAGCUAAUUGCUUGGGAUGUCCCUGUGGACCAAGUGCGAUAUGACAACCACGCCUAUUGUGACAUCUAUACUGAUGCUUGCGAUAUUAACAAGGAAAAGGUGUAUAAAAGUAUGGAAGCCGGUAGGAAACAACGUACGACUACAAGGAAAGGGAUUUGCAUAACAGCGUCGAUUGAUGAGGGUACUUCUCCUCUGUUCAAAGCACAAUUCACUAUUGAAGAUUAAAGAUAUGUUGCAUGGCAUGCAUGGAGUUUGGUCAACAAUUAAUUAAUAGUAUUAUAUCGUUAUUAAAUAAGGUGGCCGGCUAGCUGGCUUGGAGUUUGCUAGCUCAUUAUAUAUAUAUAUAUAUAUAUAUAUAUAUAUAUAUAUAUAUAUAUAUAUAUAUAUGUCAUCAUAUAAUAAUAAUAAGUCCACAUGUGUACACGUGCGGCAAUGGCCUUCACGUGGGUUAUGGUGUGGUUUCAAUAUCAUAUAUGAUGUAAGAUACAUAUGUUAGGAACUUGUUUUCUUUUAGAUGUAAGAUACUUCAUCGUGUUUGAAUAAAUAAAGCAUGUUUAUAUUUUA